AAAUAAGUUAUGAUGUUUAGAUCAUGUGUUUGUUUUAAUACAGCCGUCCCACAAGACUUCCAUGAUCAAGAAGAAGCUUGCAAAGAAGAUGAGGCAGAACAGGCCCAUUCCCCACUGGAUUCGAAUGCGGACUGACAAUACUAUCAGGUACAAUGCGAAGCGCAGGCAUUGGCGUAGCGCGCAGCUUGGGUUUUGAGAUAUUUUUGAUGAUGUAUUGUUUCUUGGUAAACGCUAUGGAUUUGAUUAUGAAUUUAUUUGAUCACAUGUAUUUCUUGUACCUUAAAUGAUGGUAGACUAUUUAAUGUUUUAAGUCAA